AUGACGGUGCAGCUCUGGUUGGGGGCGCAGGACGUAUGGACGCCGAUGGCCAACUGCCAGGAGAGCGCGGCGCACACCACCGUGGUCCUGUCCACGGUGGUGCGCCUGUCGCGGUCGGCCGGCGCGCGCCUGCGGCCCCACCUGCGCCUGCUGGUGCCGGCGCUGCUGGAGGCGCUUUCCACGCUCGAGUCGGCCACGGUGCGGCACAUCAGCGUGGCCGUGGGCCACCAGGCCGACACGCAGGAGGCGGUCGACCGCGCCCGGCUCGCCGCCACCAAGGAGUCGCUCAUGUUCAAGACGCUGUGCCAGUGCAUCCAGUACGUGGACGCCGCGGAGGCCGCCGAGAUCGUGCCGCGGCUCUCUGAGCUGAUGAAGCGCAACACCGGCCUGGGAACCAAGUGCGGCGUGGCGCUGUUCGCCACCCGGCUGGCCGCCGAGAGGCCGCUGGCGCUCCAGAACACGGCAGGGAAGGUGCUCUCGGUGCUGGUGACCGGCAUGCAGGACAGGAACGUAACGGUGCGCCGCUGCUCGGCGGCCGCCUGCGGUAACGUCUGCCGCGCUGCCAAAGCCUCCUCGGUGGAGAAGCUCAUCGCCAAGCUGCGCACCUGGUACAUGGAGGGUGAAGACGAGAGUCUGCGCCCGGUCUGCGCCGAGGCGCUACAGUCGCUCAGUCAGCACGGCUCGGCCCAGCUCAAAGAGCACGCCGCAGACGCCGCCAGUCUCGCCUUCUUCGCCAUGCACCGACAAAAGACGACGGAGACGGAGGCCGAGAUCGCCCGCUGGCAGGAGGUGUGGAACGAGCUGUCUCCCGGCACCGAGGGCGGUCUGCGGCUCUACCUGAGCGACAUCGUGCCGCUGUGCCGCGCCGCGCUGGCCGGCCAGUCGUGGCCGAUGAAGGCGCAGGCGGCCGGCGCGCUGGGCGCCGCCGCCGCCCGGCUGUCGGCCGGCCUGCCCGCCGACCAGCUGCACGCCGUGCUGGACGCCCUGCUGACCGCGCUGCCCGGACGCACCUGGGACGGCAAGCACGCGCUGCUGGCCGCCCUGGCCGACGUGUGUCAGAACUGCGCGGCCGCCGUGCCCGACCGGGACCGGCUGGCCGACGCCGUGCUGGCCGAGGCGGCCCGCGACAAGCCCGAGUACAAGGUGCACGCGGUGGCGGCGGCCGGCCGCGUGCUGCGGGACCUGCAGCUGGACAGGUUCGGCCGGCUGCUGCAGAUCGUGGAGCCCUACCUACAGGCCGAGUCCAAGUCUGGUGACGGCAGCGGCGACGAGGACGAGAUGGGCGCUGCCACCCGGCUCCAGCUGCAGGAGGCCGCCUACACGGCGCUGGGGCGCGCCUGGCCCGCCGACGCCGCCACUCAGGCCGAGUUCUGGCCGCGCUACAUGGCGCUGCUGGCGGCGGCCAUGCCCCGCUCGACACGCGCGCACCAGCUGUCCAUCGUGACGUCACUGCGCGCGGUGGUCGACCGCCUUUGGCUGCUGAGGACGCCGAGCGCCGAGCACGACCAGAGUGCGCUGACAGAGGCGGCCAACCAGCUGGGCGCCGUCCUGGCGCUGGCGCUGGAGACGCCCAAGUAUCCGAGCCUGCGGCGCGAGGCGGUGGCUGUGACGCUGGCGGUGCUGCGCGCGGUCGGCGAGCUGCGCGACACGCGCCGGUUCCCCGUGCUGGCGGCGGCCGGCGCGCUCAGCGUCCGACUCACGCCGGCGCUGCAGGCCGCCGCCGACGACGCCAGCCACGACAUCCGCGACGACGCGGCCGACGCGGCGCGCCUGCUGACCAAACUGGCGCAGUGAGCCGCCGCUGCCGCCGUGUCGGCCCCGUCCGCCACACUCAGUACCGUCCGAGUCUGUUCGGGUGUGCGCUGUGGAUGACUGCCGAG